AUGAAUCUGCCACGCAACUCAGUCACAAUGUUGUUCCUCUACUUCAUUCUUCUUCCAUGGAUCGCUGGGGCUGUUCCAAGCCUACAGGCCCUGGCCCAACCACGACAAGCAACCUCCUCCUACUGGUUCGCCCAAAUCCAGCGACAGGGCACUGUUGCGUUUGGUUCAGAUCCGAACUACAAGAUCUUCCGCAGUGUCAAAGACUACGGUGCUGUUGGUGACGGUGCGACUGAUGAUACUGUGGCUAUCAACAACGCCAUUUCCGACGGAGAACGAUGCGGACAGGGCUGCGACAGCUCGACGACCACCCCAGCAAUCAUCUACUUCCCGCCUGGCAAGUACGCCGUAUCGGCUCCCAUUGUUCAAUACUACUAUACACAAUUUGUCGGUGAUGCUAUCAACAUCCCGACCAUCAUGGCACUUCCCAAUUUUGAGGGCCUUGCAAUUCUGGAUACCGAUCCAUACAUUCCCGGUAGCAACGGUGCCCAGUGGUAUACGAACCAGAACAACUUCUUUCGCCAGAUCAGGAACUUUGUGAUUGACCUCACACAUAUGCCAGAAGACAGAGGUGCAGGUAUACACUGGCAGGUUGCGCAGGCGACCAGCUUGCAGAACAUUGUUUUCAACAUGUGCGCCAAAAGCCCCAGCAACAAACAGCAGGGAGUAUUCAUGGACAACGGCUCCGGAGGCUUUAUGAGCGACCUCAUCUUCAACGGCGGCAACUAUGGUGCCUUCUUGGGCAACCAACAAUUCACCAGCAGAAAUUUGACCUUCAAUGGGUGCAACACUGCCGUUUUCAUGAACUGGAAUUGGCUCUGGACCUUCAAAUCUCUCUCAAUCAAUGACUGUGAUGUUGGUCUUGACAUGUCAAAUCUGGCCGAUGCAACCAACCAGACUGUUGGCUCUGUUGUCGUCCUUGACAGCGUCAUGAGAAAUACGGGGAUCGGGAUCAAGACCUCCUACAAUCAAACCAGUGAGCCAACGACAGGUGGGACUCUAGCCCUGCAAAAUGUCGAUUUCACCACCACCGAGGUUGCAAUUGUCGGUGCAAACGGCGUGGACCAGAUUCUGGCCGGUUCAAGCAUUGUCGAAUCAUGGGGACAAGGAGAUGCAUACCGCCCAGGCAGCAACGUUAAACGAGUCAAACGGGCGCCGCAGGCAUAUUUAACCUCCACAUCAGACUCCUGCGCGACCACCACAACGACCACCACUGUGACCAUUUCCCCAGUGCCGGCGACAGUUAACGUUUCGGUCUCCACAACCACCGUGACUGUCUCUGCGCUGCCGUCGUCAAGCGUCAAUACAGGUCCACAAGUAGGUAAUUAUACAUGGGCACCUUCGAGCUCGAAAGUCUGCACUGCAACGCCGUUGCCGCUUCAAUCGGCCCGAGUGCAACAACAGCUCACAGCACCUAAACUGCCUUCAUCUCUCAUGGACGGCAACGCCGUAUUCGAACGAUCAAAGCCACAGUACGAAAAUGUGCCCGUCUCGUCAUUCGUCAGUGUCAGAUCCGCUGGAGCCAAAGGUGACGGCGUGACUGAUGACACUGCUGCCAUUCAGCGUAUCUUCGAUGCUGCCUCUCCAGACCAGAUCGUAUAUUUCGAUCACGGUGCUUAUAUCGUCACCAACACGGUGAAAGUUCCGAGCAACAUCCGUAUCACGGGGGAAAUCUGGCCUCUGAUCAUGGCAAAGGGCGACGCAUUCACUGAUCUCAGCAGUCCGAAGCCCGUGUUCCAGAUCGGCACACCAGGCGAUACAGGUUCUGUCGAAAUUACAGACCUCAUAUUUGAGACCAUGGGCGCACUCCCGGGUGCGAUCAUGAUGGAAUGGAACGUGGCUGAGAUAUCUCAAGGGUCCUGUGGAAUGUGGGACGUCCACUUCCGCAUUGGAGGUACCGCAGGCACACUAUUGCAGCAAGACACUUGCCAGGCCAAUGUGACUGGGUCUUUUCAGUUUAAGCCAGAAUGUGCGGGUUCAUUUUUGAUGAUGCACAUUACGCAGCAGGCCUCGGCAUACCUCGAAAAUUGUUGGUUCUGGGUGGCUGACCAUGAACUUGACCUCAGCGGCCACAACCAGACCGACAUCUUCAACGGUCGUGGUCUUUUGGUUGAAAGUCAAGGCCCUGUUUGGCUAUGGGGGACUUCCUCAGAGCACAGCCAGCUCUACAACUACCAGUUCUCCAACGCGAAAGACAUCUUCAUGGGCGCCAUUCAGACCGAAACUGCAUACAUGCAAGCCGCUCCCGAUGCCUUGAAUGGGGGAUUUCGGCCGAAUUCGACCUUCUCAGAUCCUGAUUUCGCAGACUGUACAACGGAGUCAUGCAAGAAAACCUGGGGUUUGCGCAUCGUCGAGUCUGAUAACGUGUACAUGUACGGGGCGGGCCUAUACAGUUUCUUCGACAAUUAUAUCCAGACCUGCCUGGAUACGGAGUCUUGUCAAGAAAACAUGGUUGACAUUCAAUGUUCAACAAACGUGAGCCUCUUUGGCUUGACGACCAAAGCGUCGGUCAAUAUGGUCAACGUCGACGGCACUCCCGAGGCAAUAGGUCAGGAUCACCUCAACGGAUUCGGACAGACACUUCUGCUGUUCCAAACCUAA